GGAAUUCGACAAAUCUGCUCAUCGUCGCCGGGAUUCAGCAAUUCAGAUUCCUCCGAGCAUUGAGCAGAUUGAACUGUCAACGGUGCGGGACUGCUGCAUCAAAUGGUGAGAGAGACCGAAUACUACGAUGUGCUCGGGGUCAAGCCCUCGGCCACUGAGGCCGAGAUCAAGAAAGCCUAUUAUAUAAAGGCACGGCAAGUUCAUCCCGAUAAAAACCCAAAUGAUCCCUAUGCAGCCCAGAAGUUCCAGGUCUUGGGAGAGGCUUACCAAGUGUUGAGUGACCCAACACAAAGGCAAGCAUAUGAUGCGCAUGGAAAAGCGGGAGUCUCAACAGAUGCAAUUAUCGAUCCCGCUGCAAUCUUUGCUAUGCUUUUCGGUAGUGAGCUUUUCGAGGACUACAUAGGCCAGCUUGCCAUGGCAUCAAUGGCUUCUCUGGAUAUUUUUACGGAAGGGGAGCAGUUUGAUGCAAAUAAAUUAAAAGAGAAAAUGAGGAUUGUUCAGAAGGAAAGAGAAGAAAAGCUUGCUCAAAUUCUGAAAGAUCGACUCAACCAAUAUGUGCAAGGGCAGAAGGAGGACUUCAUUCGGCAUGCUGAAGCUGAAGUAAACAGGCUUUCUAGUGCCGCCUAUGGUGUUGAUAUGCUGAGCACGAUUGGCUAUAUUUACGUGAGGCAGGCAGCUAAAGAGCUUGGGAAAAAGGCAAUUUACUUGGGUAUGCCAUUCAUCGCAGAAUGGUUUAGAACCAAAGGCCAUUUCAUCAAAUCCCAAGUAACAGCAGCAACAGGUGCAAUUGCAUUGAUCCAGCUCCAAGAGGAAAUGAAGAAACAACUCAGCCAGGAAGGAAACUACACGGAAGAAGAGCUUGAAGAGUACAUGCAGUCUCACAAAAAGUUGAUGAUUGAUUCCCUGUGGAAGCUUAAUGUUGCUGAUAUUGAAGCUACGCUGUCACAAGUUUGUCAUAUGGUUCUUCAAGACCCAAAUGUCAAGAAAGAGGAGCUCCGAGCCCGAGCCAAGGGUUUGAAGACUCUUGGCAAGAUUUUUCAGAGGGUGAAAACAACCAAUGGAAAUGAGCCAGAUGCUUUGCUGACCGAGAAAGUGAAUGGGAGUGAAUCAAGCAAUGACGCGCGUUCUCCCAAUGCAUCUCCCAAAUCUUCAUCUGAAGAUCAGUCUCACAUUCUAUGCGAAACACAGAGCCCCUAUGUGGAGGCCCCCAACUUCGGAGGUGGGCAGUACAACUUCAAUUUCCCGAGGCCAACAGCACCACCCGGUGCUCAAAGACACCCUUAAAUGGGGUAGUACCGAGGUUGAAUUUUCCAUGGGAGGCACUUCCGAGGUAUUAAAUGCACGACAUUUCUAUUAUCAAUGGUGAAGGAGGAUGGAUAUAUGGAGCUUCUGAUUUAUGGCGUAAUCUGUUAACGGGUAAAUCAAGUUUGUUUGUAGCCCCUGCUGCAUUCUGUAUUUAUAUUUGGAAAACAGAGAUCCUUUUAUACGGAAGGGUUAGAGAGCGUGGUGGGAAUAGAUGGUGAUAUAUCUUCAUUAUCUCCUUGUUAUCAUUGUUUUCAGUCUUUGUUUAGUAGCCGCAAUUGAAAUUCAUAUAUCAUGUAGUUUGUUCAGAGUGAUGUCUUCUCUGUGUUAAUUUUCGAGUCGGGGUUUUUAUUGCCAAUACCUCUUGUAUUUGUUUUUCGUCUAGACAGACGGAUUCGACAUGGUUGUAAUAUAUGCUUUGUCCAUGGAUAUAAUCCGAUCAUUAUGUCGUGAUUUCAUGA